AUCAGGGACCCAGUUUCGGUAGCGAUUUCUUCGUCACGCGAACAGUAGGCGAGAUCGCCUGCGCAAAUCGUAGAUUUCAACUUAUCGAAUUGUAUACACUGUAAUUCAAAUAUGUUUGUCUAUACUUGAAAAUUAAUAUUUGCUUUUGUCGGUGUGGUAGCGGGGGCGGAAUGUGGCCUUGUACCAAUGCAAGAAUGACUUGACGGCAUUCAGAUGGACGUCGUGUUUUGCAGCAUUAGUGUUGGAAGGGGAGGAAGGGUUCAGUCAACAGAAUCAAGACAGAACAUGGGAAAGCCUGCUCUUAAGACCGGAACGGAUGUGGUCGGCCUUGCUCCGACUGCUGUUGCUGAACCUAGUGGCGAGGUCGGCGAUGCUGCACCCAUGGGCGUCCAAUUGAAUGCGGACGACUUUAGUGAUGAGGAGGAGGAGGAACAGUGGGCUCCGAGGCAGGAGGAAGCAGCAGUGUCAGCAGUAGCAGCAGUGUCAGCAGCAGCAGCAGUUUCAGCAACAGCAGCAGUGUCAGCAGCAGCAGCAGCAGCAGCAGCAGCAGUGUCAGCAGCAGCAGCAGCAGCAGCAGCAGUGCCAGUAGCAGCAGCACCAGUCUCAGGAGUGUCAGCAGCACCAGCUGUAGUUUCAGCAGCACCAGCAGCAGUGCAGUGUCGGUUUCAGCAGCAGGCUUAGUGCAGCAGAAGCAGUAGCAGCCAUGCUGUGUGGUGUAGUGGGGUAGUAAUGAGCUGUGAACCAAUG